AUGGAAAUCAAAAAUUAACAGAAAAUAAUUUUAAAUCUUUUAAGAAUACAAAUAUAUCGGCUCACAAAGGGAAUAAAUGUUGCUGCAGAGAGAAGUAUAGGAGUAGAUGUUAUAAGAUAUAGAUAUGUAUUUGGUGUUUAGCGAUAUCAUUUAAUAUAGAGGACUUUUUGACAUCUUAGGAAAGAGGAAUAUCAGUUUGAUCCAAUCUGGAUUGGAAAGGGUACUUAAAAUGUUUUGUGCAAUGGCAGAAAAACCAAAGCUAAAAAUAUUAUUGGUAAAAAAUUAAAUAUAAUACUAAGAGGUUAAAUUGA